UCCGCGGCCUCUCACCUCACAAAUAUUCCAAGUAUGUACAGCGGGGAGAGGAGCCCCGGAGAGCGGAGCACCGACUGCAGCAUGGAGGAGCCCUCCGCCGCCCGGGGCAGCCGCUGCGAGUGCUGAGGGCACUGGGGAGGAAUGGCCGAUCCUCUGCGGAGGACUCUAUCCAAACUGCGGGGAAAGAGAGCCAAGAAGGGGCCGCCGGGGGGACUGGAGACUAACGGAGAAGGACUGCCAUGUGGAAUCAAGACGGUGACCCCGGAAGAGAGCAGACUGGCUGGCAAUCACAGUAAAGAUUGGUCUUCUCAGAACCACAAUAAUAACAAUUACUCUCAUCCUGUCAAAUGGGAAACAGCAUCAGGACCCGCAUCUUCCAAUCAGCCCGUACAUGGGUGCCGAUACUCCCAUUAUAGCAAUAUCAGCAACACGGAUUGCUUGCCCAAUGGCAUGGAAAGAGACAACAACGCCAAGUCACACCCUCUGUCAUGUGGUAUAAAUGGUAAGGAUGCCAUCAUGGGACGUUACUCUUACGGAGGUUUUCAGUUCCAACCAGAGACUCAGAUUAAGCCUCCAAAUAGCGCUCCAUACACCGCAAACCCUCAUAAUGAGGGACAGUGGGGUUUUCAGAAGGAGCCUUCCCCAUCGUACCCUCUUAAUUUCAUCUAUCCCCCUAAAUCUAGUCCAGCCAAGGAGCCUCAUACAGGUCCCCGCUAUGUUGAAAACGCACAGUGGUGCUCUAGUACUUUUGAAGGAAGCAGUUCUUUCUCUACAAACUGCCACAUACCUCCCCUGGGACUCGUAAAUGCCCCGUAUUAUGGGAACGCCCGAAACCAUUCCGAGGACAGCGAGGAAGAUGAUUAUUAUGAUAACGAGCACCUCUUUAUCACUAGCCCAAGUGAGGCUCAGUGCAAUAGCCAUUUUUCUGGGCCCCCGACCCCAUUCAUGCACAAUGCCGUGGCCUCCCCGGUGGCUGAUGAUGGCCAUCAAGAGCGGAAAGGCAGCGUGGACAUGUACCUAGAGACUGACAGACUGAGGUCUCAGUUACAAGAGGCUUAUUAUUUAUUAAUGCAUGCCAUGCAUGACAUGCCUCUUGAGACCACCCCCUCCAGCAAAAUCGGGUGCAGAACAGAAACUUGCCCCUCUAGCUCCCAGUCCCAGGAUAGCGUUUAUUCUCAGUCCUCUGCAAGGGUUGUAGAAAGCGAUGUUUGGUCCUCUGAUGAUGCCAGUCCCAAACAAGUGUCUCAUAGCGAUUUGGCGUCUUUGAAUGCUUUAAUAAGCUCCCAGCUUAACAGGAUGCAGACGUUUAGCAAAAGCGUUGACGCCGUCUACAGCCUGCCAGCCUUUAGAACUUUGUACAAGUGCCACAGCGAUAGUCAGAUAAAGUACAGCCCUGUCCAUAGCAACUUGUCAUCUGAUUGUGGUUUUGAGCACAGCCAGGGUUCUAUUGGUCAGCACACGGAUGCUGACAGCGAGGGCAGCCCCCGGGACAUAUUAUCCUCUGUGAACUGGAGAGCCUCUGAGAGUGUCACUCGUAAUCCCUCUGAUUAUAUACACCAAACACCAGGGGACUCGGUCUCAGUUACUGUCACUAAUGGCAGGCAUGGUGCAGACAUGAGCGCGGAAAGUCACAGAGCCUCACAGAAGCCAUCAGGCCGGACGGUGAAGAAAAUGCAAAAAUGGAUGUACAAAGGACGCUUGUUGUCUUUGGAAGUGAAGGAACGCAUCAUUGGAUCCUCUCAGAAAGCCAGCGGAUCCAACAAGCGGGAGUCCAGUCCAACUGGAAGCUGCAAAUCCGAGCAUCUCCGGGACAGUUCAGCGACAUCCCCGAAGAUGCCUGGAGAGAUGGAAAGACCCCCAAUGACAGAUUUGAUUGAAAAUGCUUAUACAACCUCUCUUAUUAAACGGGACUUUAAGAUCACAGACGUUAACGAACAUAACUUGCAGAGGAACCAUAUCACUGUGUCGAAAAAACGGAACUGGCUGACACAGAGCACUCACAGAUAUGAGUAUAAAGCCAUUUGUCAGACCUCCAUUUCUUAUCCAAUUGGGAAUAAAGACCCGGAGCUCCUUUUGUCCAGAACAGACAGAGAUAUUCCUGUUCAAGCACCUGAGACGGAAACCCUUCCCACCACUCCUGGUAGCCCUUUAGCUUUGCCUACCACUGACCUCACCGAAGAGAACGAUGCCGACGAUGAAGGAGAAAUUUGGUACAACCCCAUCCCCGAAGAUGAUGGUCCCUAUAUCUGCCCCAGUCCAGCAUCCUCUAAGGUGGUUUCUGAUCCAGGACAGGAGGUGCUCGAGGCACCGGGGAAAGCUGGAGGGGUUCUAAACACAGGGGACCCUUCACACAUGUCUCCUUCCACUGAGAGCAAUGUCGGAGAUUCCUCACAUUCCACAGACCAUGGCGUGCAGCUGUGCAAGCAAAGGGUCGUGUGCAAGACUGCUGAAGACACCACAGUCAGUCGGUCCCCCGAGCAUGGUCCAAGUGUCCCCAGUAGUCAAAAGGUCAAUUCACCUACCCCAGCUGAUUUCUCUCCACCUUGUAGCCCCAACCCAUCAAAGAAAGGAGGAAGCAUUAACUGGUCCCUCCCAGAUAAAAUUAAAUCCCCACGGACUGUUCGUAAACUGUCUAUGAAGAUGAAAAAGCUACCGGAACUCAGCAGAAAGUUGAGUAUUAAAGGGACAUCGAGCCACAGUAACGCUGACCAGUUGUUUUCCACUUCCAAAGGAAACUGUCGGGAUGUAAGACGCACACCAUCUUUGUCGUCUGCUGGGACGGCAGCCUCUGCCGCCAGUAGGAACGUCAUCAGCCGAUACCACCUUGAUAGCAGCGUGUCUUCCCAACAGAGCUACAAGAAAAAAAGUUCAGGCACUUCCAAAUCUUCCAGCAAAGGGGGCUAUCUCAGUGAUGGAGACUCCCCCGAGCUUAUAACCAAAUCGGGCAAACAUGGUGGAGAGAACAGGUCUACAAAGGGAAAAGAGUCACUUCCUUGUAAUAAUGCAAAGUCGGACUUCGACAUCGAUGCCUUCAGGCACUAUAGCUUUUCUGAUCAACCCAAGUGCUUCCAGUACGUUUCAGGGCUGAUGAGCCUUCACUUUUAUGGUGCAGAGGAUUUAAAGCCUCCUAAGAUAGACUCUAAGGAUGUGUUUUGUGCUAUCCAAGUCGACUCUGUCAACAAAGCCAGAACGGCUCUUCUAACUUGUAGGACGUCAUUCCUAGACAUGGCUCACACCUUCAAUAUUGAACUUGAAAAUGCCCAGCACUUAAAACUGGUUGUGUUUAGUUGGGACCCAACCCCAAAGAGGAACAGAGUCUGUUGUCAUGGCACUGUGGUCCUGCCGGCACUUUUUAGGGUCACCAAAACCCACCAGCUGGCAGUUAAGUUGGAACCCCGUGGUUUGAUCUACGUGAAACUGACUCUCAUGGAGCAUUGGCAGAACUCUUCAGACCGCCUUGGUGUGGACCGUGACCCUGUGUUGUUCGGGGUAGAUGCUCGAUAUGUUGUCGAAAUGGAGAACACAGGAUCGAUGGUCCCGCUUCUCAUGGAGAAGUGUAUUAUGGAGAUUGAAAAAAGAGGUUGUCAGGUGGUAGGAUUGUACCGGCUCUGUGGAUCAGCAGCUGUGAAGAAAGAACUGAGAGAGGCAUUUGAGAGGGAUAGUAGAGCUGUGGAGAUUUGCGAGAACGAGUACCCAGACAUCAACGUGAUAACAGGUGUAUUAAAGGAUUACCUGAGAGAGCUCCCUUCUCCACUGAUAACCAAGCAGCUGUACGAAGCCGUUCUACAUGCCAUGGCAGAGAAACCGCUAAAGAUGUCUGGGAACGGCUGUGAGAACGACCUGCGGGACUCCGAACACACAGUGGAGCUCCUGAACUGGCUGCCUGAUGUGGAGAGAGCAACCUUGAAGAUGCUGCUGGAUCACUUGAAGCUGGUUGCCUCUUAUCACGAAGUGAACAAGAUGACCUGCCAGAACCUGGCUGUCUGCUUUGGACCGGUCCUCCUGAGUCAGAGACAGGAAACGUCCAAUCACAAUAACCGGGUGUUCAUCGACUCCGAAGAGCUUGCCAGUGCCUUGGAUUUCAAGAAACACAUUGAAGUCCUUCAUUACUUACUGCAGUUGUGGCCAGUAAAGAGCGAAUCUCCCAAACAUCCCACACCAAACGACAUACAAGCAGAGUCCCAGCCGUGCUUGCGAAGGAAGAAGUCACGGCCACAGAUGCUUAAUUUAAACACCUCGGACGGCUCCAGAGUCCUGAGGCCAAGGGCAGCCCGCCUGGACAGCCCCUCCAGCAAUCGCUAUGCCGGAGACUGGAGCAGCUGCCAAGGAAACUUGUUUUUGGCCCCCAGAGAGGAAGCUGAUUAUGCAGACAUCCCAUCGGAAAGCCCCCCACUCCCGGACACCUGCGUCCGGACACAAGAAUCAAGUGAGCACACCACAGCCAAAGAAGCAUCGGUGGACUCUGUGGUAGGAGUCGGUGAAGGAGGCAUGUUUGAGGAACAGGACGUUAACCUCCAGGAUCUGCAGGAGAGCAUAGACACCCUCAUAGGAAACCUGGAGAGAGAGCUGAGCAAGAAUCGGCUGAAUGUCACCUUCUAAUCCUCUCUGCUCUCUGUUCUGCUAUUAUCUCUUCUCAUUAGAAGAAUGGUCCUCCUUUAACCCCAUGAGGGUCUAUGCCUGUACAGCAUUCUGCUGCAAUGGCAUCUAAGAAAUAAGUCUGUCUCCAUGCUUCCUGUCAUGUGCAUGGCAGGAUUUCCAGGAAAUAAACAAUUCUAUGGUACGUAUCCUCUUAGAGGAAAAUAUUGGCUGCCGGCUCAGUGAUGACUGCAUCGCAGGUUUGUUGGGUUAUUUAAAUGUCCCUCCGCUGUCGGGUCUGACGCACGCUACCGUGGCUGCUGGUCUGCCAGUGGGAUGGAAAAUACUGACUUCUCUCUCAUAUUAAACCUUUCUAACACUAAGUGCAAAUCUAAUGGGACCUGUUUGCGGCAGUACUGGUUUCACUGUUUAUGUUCUGCCGCGUCAAUAAACUUUUAUGAUGCUUCCAUAAUGAAUGAAAAAAAAAAA